AUGUCUUCCAAGGUCAAGGCUGGUCAGCUCUGGGGCAAGAACAAGGAGGAGCUCUCCCAGCAGCUCGAGGAGUUGAAGACCGAGCUCAACCAGCUCCGCGUCCAGAAGAUCGCCAACGGUGCUUCGGCCAAGACUCUGCGCAUCCACGAUGUCCGCAAGUCCAUCGCCCGCGUCCUGACCGUCAUCAACGCCAACCAGCGCGCCCAGCUCCGUCUGUUCUACAAGGGCAAGAAGUACCUUCCCCUCGACCUCCGCGUCAAGCAGACCCGCGAGAUCCGCCGCCGUCUUACCAAGCACGAGGCUACCCGCACCACCGACCGUCAGCGCAAGCGCGCCAUCCACUUCCCCCAGCGGAAGUACGCCGUCAAGGCCUAA